AUGUUUUGUUUUAAAUUUGCUAUCUGUCCAGUAUGGUUGGUCAGUUUUAUAGCAAAUGGCUCUUAUGGUUACAUAUCACGAACACGUGUAUCGGCCGUUGAAAUUUGGCGCAAUGAUAGUAAUAAUGGUGAAGUACAAAUAGCGCAUGGAAUCAAUAGUUGGCCAGCCUUACUCGAACAACUUAAUGGACCGAUUUUGGAACGAAGUACGAUGAUCGAAGGUGAUGUAUUCCUGUAUCAUCAACGAAAGCAUCAUAAUCGAGCGAUACCAUUAAUGAGCGCACCGUUGAAAAUUGCCGAUCGUAUCACAUUUAAAGAAUGGCUUCGAGAAGUUGCAAAAUUGCGAAAAAUAAUUAAAAUUAAUGUUCGAUCGACAGCAGCAGUUCGUCCAGUAUUGCAAUAUUUAUUCGCCGCAAGUAAUGAAAUUUCUUCACCUGUUGUAUUACAUGCUAAUGUCUUUCGAUCACCCCGAAGUAACGAAAUACCGGUUGAUGCAGUUGAAUUUAUCGAUAGUACUAAAGAAUACUUUCCGGAUGCAACUCUUUCAAUUGGUUGGACAAAAAAUAAUCUAUCGGAAUUGACAGUUCCACAAAUGAAUAUUGGUUGGCCUGAGUUAUUUCAUGUAUUAGCACUUGUAAAAGAGGUCGAUCAACCGCUUGUAUUAACAAUUCGACUUAGUACGGCUGCCUGUUCAACUAAACAAGUUGAAUUUAUUUUGGGCAUACGAUCAACAAUUUCCGCAUUAAUUUGGAGUGAUAAAAUGGAUUUAAUAAAUGAUUGGUAUGAAAUAAUUAACCUUCGAUCUGGCCUAUAUUCCAAACGUUUAGUAUUCGAUUUAGAUGAUAAACAUCGAAGUAUUAUGAAAAUGCUUCCAUAUUCCAUCGUUGUGCAUUUUAAGAGUGAAUCAGAAUUUAAUCGAAGCCAUUGGAAUUUGAUAGAAUUUCCAUCUGUUUUUGAUCACUCAUCUGGAGCCAUAGUAAGUGAUGAAGGUAUUGCAUUUCUUGGAUGGCCAACUGCAUUUCUGAUCUCAUUGAUGCGACCAUUAGUAUUUCCGGAUAUUCAACGGAUAACUGCUAAGCUAAUAUUUGUAAAAAAGAAGCGAAAUAUUAAUGAUAAUUGGUUGAAGAACAGUGGUUUUGUGAUAUAUCUGUUGGAGAAAGUGCUCGAUCUUCAAUCACCUGAAAUUACUACAGGUAUAAAGAUAUUUAUUGGUCAUAAUGGUCGUCUGUCAAUUGAGAAUCGAGGGAAGCGACAAAAUUAUUACAAUAUGAAAGCAGCAGGACAAGUGCGCCAUGAUCAUAGCUGCUACGAUAUCGAACUUCUAGAUAGAGGUUGGCAAGUAGAGCUUACUGUUGGAGGAAAUAAUUGUGACGAUGGAAAGUUGGUAAAUCCAACAAAAAUUACAUUAGAAACAUCAUUAACAAAGACGCGGCACUUACGUAAUGUGAUUGUUUCGAAAACAGGCGAUGGAAAUUUAGACUUGAUUGUACGUGAAUUGAAACAUUCCUCUUCAAAUCGACCUCAGCUUUAUUUGUUCUUCUUAUUCCUCAUGUUUAGUAUUGUUAGGAUUUUCAAAUAA